CGCUUUUGAAGGUUGUAACUUUUUUUCACGUGGUAUUAUUUUAUUUUCCUAUUAGUUUUUCUCUUUAAUUUAACACUUAAUAGCGAUAAAUAAUUCGUCACUGAUAGGGUUCUAUCAACUUGACACCUUAUUUAGGAACUCAACGUCAUAAAUUAAUCUUGCUAAUUCUCACGCUAUCUCUAUCACCAAUUAACGUUAAUAUAUUUACUCUUAUCUAAUACUGGGUCUGAUCCUACCAUAAAACUUUACACGUUCACUAAGUUUAAUUACAACUAUCGCCGUCCACCUAAUUAAACUUUGUAUUUACAUUACUUCCGAUAAUGUCCAGGCCAUCUAAAAAACACAUAAUCUCUCCUGAUGCCUAUAGCACCUGCAAAAGAUCUAAAUCAGUCACUAAAGCGAAUAAUGUGAAACCUUAUAAACACACUGAUCAGUCUGCAUCCUACUCUGAUCUUCCCUCAGCCACACUAAACGUGCACCGUCUACUUGGACAAGACAUAUCCCUACCUUGCAUCUCGCUUGUCGAUAUAAAUAAGAGCAGUCACAUACCGUUAGAGUCGACAUCAUUUGUCAGUCCAAACAAAAACACCACAUGUUGUGAGCAGUAUUUAGACAGUGCUGUUGACCCCAAACACCCAGCAAUCUCACAAUCGGCCAUCCUGAGUAGCGGCCCACGGAGUACAUGUAAGCCUGCCUACAAUAGCCAGUCCGGUGAUGUAGAUCUUGACUACUCACCCAGACAUAUACCCCAUUCCCCAACUAAGUGUGCACAAAGUGAACAUCCGCUAGACACCUGCAACAGGCCUGUAUGUAACCAUAUCGACUUUAGAAACUUUGAUAUAAACUCCGAUAAUCUCACCACUGGUAGACCUAAAAGCAGCCAAACAGAACUUAGCCUCACCCAAACUAUUCAAGACCUAUUACCUUACAAAUAUUUAAUCAGUGUUCCAGAAAAUCCCGAUCUGGAAAUUAUAAAAAACACUGAAAAAGUAAUUGACCAUAUAUCAUCUGAAGUGUUGAAAAGACUUCAGUGUAUGCAGAAUGUUAUUGUGUAUAAUAUACCUGAUAGUACGAACAUAAAGAUUGCUAAAAAUACUCUGCUACAAGAAUGUGGAUUGUCGCAAUCUUGGUGUGUAACAAGAAGAUUACGUAAGGCACACACUAAAGCCUCCUGUCCCAUUCUAUUUCAGUUUGGUAGCACCACUGAAGCAAAUCACCUCCUCAAUAGUCAGUCAUUACUGAGGCGUAUUCCAACAUUUAAAAAUAUUAGGAUCAUUCAUGACAGGACCGCUAUCCAGCGUCGAAUCUGCAAUGGAACACAAACUGAUCAACCCAGCUUACGUAGCCGUGGCAGCUACAGCUCUUGUCACUGCACAAAUCCUAAAUUAUCAUACACUGCCCCCCCAAAAAACGGAGGCACGCCGGACACUGCUAUUAGUCCUAAGGACAAGACCGCACAUAAAGCAGCUACAACCACUCACCCUCAGCCCAGACACUCAGCUACCCCAAAAUGCCAAACCACUUAUGCCUCAAUAGCGUCCAAGUAUUACCCUAGCGGCCCUUAUAAAAUGCCUAAAAAUGAUCCUCCCAGGGAACGCGCUAACAGCUACAGACCCGCAGACACCGCUGUGCGAAAAAAUACCAAACUCUCCGUAAAAACCCACCAAUACUCCAGCACCCCUAACCCAAAACAUGCACCUUCUCAUAGUAAUAGAAUGCCCUACAACAAACAUAGAGAACUGGCAACACCCACUCAUCCUAAUGUGAAACGACACUCGACAAGAACCACACCCACACGUGAUACCCAUGAGUCAUAUGGUGUCAACCUUGUAAGCCCCAUGAACCAACACAAAACUAUACACAACAGAAACACCUCUCCUGGCAACAAUAACAGGCAUUCCUUCAUCCCUUACCAGAAACAUACAACCUCCCCAACUAACCACAAUAGGACUAAAAUUGCCCACCGCACACGAGGAAGCCAUAACGCUGGCCUACUUGGGAACCCACCUACAGAUUCUAGGUACUAUCUAAGUCAAGCCACCCAAUACAACGGUUUGGUCCCCCCUAAUUCGACAUGCACACUAUCUCAUCCUUUUUUAUCUCUCUCCCCCUCAACGUUACUGCUAUGGGGUCUCCAAAUGUUGAGGGCGACAAUCCCACUAUUCUGAAACCAUCUAUAUACUCCGAUUUAAUGGGGAGUAGCACAUCCUACUCAACUUCGAUAACUGUCCCUAGUCUUGAAAACUCCUUGACUGAACCCCCUGAUCAUUCCCCGGACACAUUACCUAAUCAUUCGACUCUACCUUCCACUCUUAGACAUACUUCUUUCACCAAAACCACACCCGACUACCCUUCUUGCAUUAACCCUACUGGUAAUAAACUAAACACUCAUCAAUAUGGAGUCAACGCUCCCAAUUCUUCCUUUUCUCAGGGCAAAACAGACAAACCACUCGGUUUACAUCAUACCCUUCUACUAGACAAACAGUCACCGUACCUGACACUUAUGUUAAUCAACGCUCGAUCUGUACAAAGUAAGAUGACUUACCUACGCACCCUAUUGCUUUUAAACAACCCCUCACUUGUUUUGAUAACGGAAAGUUGGCUGUCCUCCGAUACCACAGACACAUUUCUACAAAUAGACACUUAUGAGCUCUUCCGCUGUGAUCGAGUCAUCAAGAAGGGUGGUGGUUGUCUCGUUUAUGUAUCAAAAAAUUUGAGAGCGGAAACCUAUAGCGACCACGUCCUCAGCAAACUUCCUGAAUCGAUAUGGCUUACUGUGCACACUCAUGAAUGUAAAAUACUAAUCGGAUGCAUAUAUCGAGCUCCUAACACUCCUAGUUCAACUGACACUAUUAUAAGUGAGUCAUUUGCUCAGGCUGCCUCGCUUGACUUCACAUACAAAAUUGUAUGUGGUGAUUUCAACCUUCCCACCAUCAACUGGAAGACACAUUCUGGCCCAUUGUGCUUUGAAAGCAUACUUAGGUCCUUAGACAUACACGGCUGGCAACAACAUGUACACCUGCCUACACGAAAUCACAACAUUCUUGACUUGAUAUUCUGUCAUGGUGUCACACCAACAUCAAUGGUGGUUAGCGAAAAGUUUCACAACAGCGAUCAUAAAAUAGUCCUCUGCACCCUUCCGAUUCUUGCCAUAUGCAACAAAUUAAAGACAUUAAAAACGCGAUUCCAAUAUAGAGACUAUGCAAACGCUGACUGGGAAAACUUUCGAUUUCUAAUAAAGCACUCUGACUGGGGCAGUUUCUUUACCAGUAAUAACCUCUUAGAAACAUUAGAAAUAUUCAAUAUCACCACCAAAUCUGCACUAGACACUACUAUACCCUCUAAAAUUGGUUUUAAAACAGUUACUCCCUAUAUAAACCAAAAGACUAGGUCUAAACUGAGAAAACUGAAAAGGAUGUACUAUAUAUCAAAAGACUUCAGUGCCCUGCACCAGAUAUACUCUGUACUUGACGGAGUACAAAGUCAACACAACAAGCAUAAACAGGUAGAUGAACGUACUGCGCUCGCUGCUGCAUCUAAAGCCCAAGCCCUAUGUCGUCUCCUCACGAAACGCAUAAGAAAGAACACAGACAACAACAUUCACUCCUUACUGCACGAUGGAGUAACGUAUAAUGACCAAACCGUCAUAUGUGAACUAUUAAGUGAAUGGUUUUCUCACAAUGGGAAUACACCUGAUGCCCCAGAUAUCGACAUAAAGUGCACCGGCAAAAACUAUCUUAGUACCAUAAACUUCGACAUUAGGAAUAUACAUACCGCCAUUAAAACCCUUAAGCCAAAUGCGAGUUCUGGUGCCGAUGACAUCCCUUCAAUCGUUUAUAAAAUGUCAGGACCGGACAUACAGACGCUAUUACUCAAAAUAUACACAUUAUCUUUAGAGACAGGUACAUAUCCGGAAACCUGGAAGGUAACGUAUGUUCUUCCCAAACACAAAUCCGGACCGAGAAACCUGGUAGAAAACUACAGACCUAUAAAUAUCACUCCAGUCAUAUCACGCAUAAUGGAAAAAGUGAUACAAAAUCAACUAUCAGAUCACCUACUCAAGGAAGAUCUAAUAGACCCGUCACAACACGGCUUCAUUAGAACAAGGUCGUGCAGUACAUGCCUGAUAGACUUCUUUAACGAGGUUACUCGUAUGCGUGACCAGAAGAAACUAGUUAUUAUACUAUACUUCGAUAUUAAGAAAGCCUUUGAUAAAGUACCUCAUAAUCUUCUAAUCAACAGACUGAAGUCAGUUGGAAUUAUAAAUCCCCUUUUGCAAUGGAUCAAGUCUUUUCUUACGAACAGGUAUCAAAUAACCAAGAUUAACUCUAAUACAUCUACACCUCGACCGAUAACCAGUGGUGUUGUGCAGGGUAGUGUCUUGGGUCCAUUGCUCUUUAUAAUCUACAUCAACAAUAUAUGCAGGUGUUUCAGCACAGGUAAGACCUACCUCUAUGCCGAUGACUUAAAAGUCAUCUAUAAAACUGACAUUUGCGAUUUACGCAGUACUAUGCAAACAAUCCAACAUGAACUCAACAUGGUAGAUGACUGGUGCAAACGCUGGAGGCUAGAGCUCAACAUAGAGAAAUGCGGCUGGUUAUGUAUAGGAGACACGUCUCUUAAAAUGAAACUAACAAUUAGCGAUCACACACUCCCCAGACUGGCAUCAGUAACUGACCUAGGGGUACAUUAUUCACACAGUCUUAAUUUCUCUGAACACAUCACAGCCAAAGCAUCCAAAAUGCGGAAAUUGCUUGGCUUCAUUCUCCGUAAUUUCUAUCAAAAUGAAUCUAAAAUCCUUCUUUACAAAGUUUGUGUAAGACCUAUCGUUGAAUACUGCUCGUUCUUAUUUUCCAACCUACGUCUAUCUGAUAUACUAAAGGUGGAAGGAAUACAACGAGACUUCACCCGCAAAGUACUUAAGACUGACUCGGUCAUUGACUACAGUUCUCGAUGCCAAAUCUUAGGAAUAGCACCCCUUUGGAAGAGAAGGCUUAGGUCUAAUUUGAUUCUCUACUUCAAACUACUCAAAAACCUUACUUAUUCAACAUGUCAGAUAAUUCUUGCCCGAGAUUCACAUGAAUACGAACUUCGAAACAAAGUAUCUACGGUCAAAGUUGAGAAAUACAGAUCAAAAACUCGGGAAAACUUCUUCCUCACCAAGUAUGCAAUAAUAUGGAACAGUCUUCCUUCCGAGACUCGCAUGGCAGAUGAACUACAUACGUUUGUGAAACUGCUUGAUCAAGCCCUCACUCGCACUGAUCUUGCACGUACGAACACAUCUGCACCCCACUCAGACAUCAUAGGCUCUCUCCAUGUCUAAACCAAAAUGGACUUCAAGUUCAGUUUGCCUUAUUUUUCCUACUUUGCAGUUGUAUUAAUUACUUUUUCCACCCCAUUUCUUUACUUUAAGUAGACAGGUAACUCACUGGACCUAUCAUUACUGUUAAACUAAACUCGGUUGAUAAGGGACACUCACUACCACCCUAAAAAGUCAAGAGGACCCCACAAUCGGCUGCCUACUACCAGUGGUCUUGCAUCUAUGGAACCUGUUACCAAUCAACUGGUUAAGACAACAGAAAAUAACAUCAGCACCAAGUUACUGUGAGUUCCUUCCUGUUUAUCCUAUAUUAACUUUUUACUCUUCUGUACACAAUGUUGACUAGCAAUUAAUAUUAUAUCUCCACUCGUUCCCUUAUCCACAACUCAUACUUCUAUACUUUUUCCGCCUGCUUAAAUAAACAACUAUCCUACAAUAUACCCUUCUUAACGCUUAUACUCUGUUUGGCAAACUAUACUUUAUACUAUAGUCAACAGAGGCACUGCAUCGAUGCUUUACCCACAGUCCACAGCUUGUAACUGCCUGAUAAGCUUGUAAAAUGGUACUUAUAGAAAUAGUGCUUUCCAACAAGUUGUGAAACAGAGGAUUGUGUGAGGUAUGACGUAUAUACAAAAAUAAGCUUAAAUGAGCCUAACAUCACAAAAGGAGGGAGGGUGGAGUUACUGACCAGCAAGCAUUGAUGGUGAGGGCGAUAACUUCAAUCCACCCGUGUUUGUGGGGACAGAACAUUUUGUAUGUAUCAGGCUCUUUAUAAUUGAGAAUAAGACAGUCAAUCUAAGAUAUAGAUUGUCUUCCUACGCUCACCACUCAGACUCAUGUUUCCAAUAAUAUGCUGGAUUAGCUAUUCUACUAAGACAACCUAUAACAUGCUAACUCGGACUUUUACACUAGGAUUGCGUGGCUGACAUCGGAUGGACAAAAAAAGAAAAGAAAAAAGACAAUAAAAGAUAUAGUCACUAGUAUUCUUAACACUUCACCCUCUAUAUACACACCCUUCUAAUAAACCGCUUCCCUUGUACCAACCUUGACUUCCCUUCCUUCAUGUGAGCUUACUCCAACUUGUUAAACAUCACUACUCGUUGUUCUUUAUUAGUACAUUCUCUAAUAUGGAGCCUCUGACUUCACUUCACUCUAACAAGACAUAAUAUGAAUUUAUUCUAAUUUAUUAUACCUCUGUCCGUUCUACUACACAAUGUUAAGCAACCUUUGGCGUUCAUAUCCAAGUGCCUUGCUGCUCCUCUGUUUCUUUUUUUUUCUCCUUCAGAAUCUUGCUCUGAGAGCACAGCUAUGAAACUUCUGACGUUUGGAGCGAACUUAACGUACGCGUCCUCUCAAGGUCAUAGUUUACAGCAAGCGCUCUACGAUUUCACUUUAUAACAACUAUAAACUUAAUAAGUUGGGAAGCAUUUUGCGAACCAACAAAUGUUGUAAUUUAUAGAUCAUGCCUGUAAAAACGGUGUGUACCUGC